UUCUCAGUUCUCACCCUCAGGCUGCUAUUGGAACGGAGUCGGACGGCGUCGAUUGGCUCGGUCUUCUUCUUCAUUCCUCGUCUUCUUCCUCGAUCGGCCUUAUCUUGCCCGGUGGGAUUUCACUCGCAUUUAUAUCUCUCCCUAAAUUAGCCUAAUCUCUGUAGUCCUACUUCUUGCUUUAUUCAAAUGGGACCUUACUUCUUGGGCUUUUCUUCAUAUAAGGACUUGCUUGGUUUGGUUCAGUGAGGAGGAGGCCAAAAAGAAAAUAUUCUCUGUUUCUACUACCACGUAUACUUGUUUUGGUGCCCUGAUUUCCGAAGAGCUUUCUUAAAAGGUUAAAUGUAACCGUUUUCCUUUGUUAUAUUAAAAUGGAGGCUUUUUCUUCUUCAUCCUUUAUUUCUGUUGGUGUUUAUGUCUUGCUUCACGAAAAUAGUUUAUCCCAGCUGUACCUGAGUUAUCAAAGUCUUAAAGUGAAUACUCUUUUUAUGCUUCAAUGAAGAGGUAGUUCCUUCGAGUUUGGUGCUUUAAUUCCUAGGUCUAUUUUAUGAAAUCUUGAUUUCAUUCAAUAAUUGAAACAACACCCUUCUAUUAUUGGUGACGAGGAAUUGUCCUUCUUCUGUGUCAUUGUUAAUGUUUGAUUCAUAAAGCUUAACAUGUUCAUCUUAUUACAAUUCGAGAUAAAUAUUGUGCAGGGGAAUUAUAAUGAUGUUUAAUGGGCAAAAGUUUGUUCUACGUUAAGUUAUACUGUAACUUAUGGAGGACAUAAUAUGUUCUACAUGGAUCCAUGGCUAUUUCAAUUUUUACAUCUGCCGCUACAACCAGAUGACUUUGACAUUUGGCAGGAUACUUUGCUUGAACUAUGCUUUAAAAUGUUCAUGUAGGUAUAAAACUCUCAGUAGUGGUGCAUGCAACAGAACCAAGAACCGGCUUAAUAGUGUCCUGCUUCUAUUUAUAAUUAUGGUUGACUUCUGUCUGUACUGGUUUUAGUUGGUUCGCUGGGACUUCUUACUUACAUUAUUCUGAAGAAGGUCGCAGAAGUUAUUGCUGCUAUGAAAUGCAGAUUUUUUUUUUCUAUUUUUUCAACCUUUGAAACAUCAUUUAGAUAUUAGUUAUUGCUGCUAUAUUCUCUUCUUUGAUUAACUUUCUGUUUCUGUCUACUUUUGAUUUAUAUUACUGUGUUUGUGGAUUUUGUAUUGUUGUACUUGUGAACUUGUGGUGUUGUUCUAUUAAUGACUUGAUUAGAAUAUGUUGUGGUGCUUUUGUUGUAUUAAUGACUUGUGACGUUGUUGUAUUGUUGUAUUUUAUUUCUUAUAUAUGUAGUUAUAUAUAUAUAUAUAUUAUUUUUUAUUUAAUUAUUAGGUUACCCAUUCAACUGUUGAUCCAACUGGUUAAACCAUGAGACCUAUGACCUCUUGACAUUUGCGGUUCAUUGUUUGGUCCCGGUUUUAAAACAUUGGUGGCCGCAGCCCACUAUUUUGGCUACAGAGACUAGGGAAAGCCAGGGGUGACAUCAGGGUGUUCAGUGCUGCUGCUGCAAGUCAGUGAAGUCACCACUGGCUGAGGCUUGGCGGAGAAGAGGGAAUCGACACCAGAGGUGACUGCAGUGACAGAGAUAAUAGACUUCAUAGUGCAAGAAUUUUAAGAUCCUUCCUCAAACAUAUUUCUUGGCUUCUUUAAGCUGAAUCCUCUACUCGCUGAAGUGACCAAUAUGGUGAUUCCUCAUCUAAAAGGCCUUGCCCUGCAUUCCUCUUGGAUAAGAGUGUACACUAGCACGAGGACUCAACUUUGCAAGCCUGCCAAGGUUUUCUUUUGCCGGGCAAAAAGUGAUGGGUCAUUGAAGUCAAUGCCUCCAACCCUGUUAGCAGCAGAAAAGGAAGAAGCAAAGGCUGUGUUAACUUUGUUUUUGAAGAAACAAGGCUUGAGUAAUGCAGUUGCAGCAAGAACCAUCAACAAGUCAGAUAUUUUCAUUGAUCACCUUGUAUCAAAGAUUCACUCUAAACAUAAAUCUCGGUACCUAGUAGGAAGAGAACUUACAACUCUUGAGAUUAGAGAUGCUUUGAUUCCUUAUCUUGAAUCCCUUUUUGAAGAAUAUGGAGACAUUUUGAUGGAUUUUGUGGAAAACUAUCCAAACCCACCUGUCAAGGAAAAGCCUACGCCAAUCUCUAUCCCUAGUUCAUUGGUGAAAUCGAAGAAGACGAAAGCCAUGUCUCGAGCAAGCGAGGUAGACCCAGCUGGCAAGCUUCGUCCUCAUAUUGUCUAUCUAUUGGAGUUUGGCAUGAAUAUUGAGCAGAUCAAGAGUAUCACUCGAAGAUUUCCUUCCUUUGCCUAUUAUAGCUUAGAUGGAAAAAUCAAACCAGUAGUUGAAUUUCUUUUAGAACUUGGAGUUCCAAAAGAAGACAUUCCCAUCAUUCUCACUAAAAGGCCUCAGUUGUGUGGUAUCAGUCUCUCUGAGAAUCUCAAACCUACCAUGAAGUUCUUGGAAACCCUGGGUGUAGACAAGCAGCAAUGGGCCAAGGUGAUAUACAGAUUUCCAGCUCUUCUAACUUAUAGCAAGCAAAAGGUGAAAACAAGUGUGGAGUUCCUCUAUGAAAUAGGUCUUUCAGAGGAGAACAUAGGUAAAAUCUUAACUCGCUUCCCCAAUAUUAUCAGUUACAAUGUGGAAGGCAAGCUACGACCAACAGCAAAUUACUUUCGUUCCCUGGGAGUUGAUGUUGGUAUUCUUCUAUUUCGAUGUCCACAAAAUUUUGGUCUUAGCAUUGAUGCUAAUCUAAAGCCUGUGACGGGAUUUUUCUUAGAGAAAGGAUACACAGUACAGGAAGUUGGGACCAUGAUUUCAAGAUAUGGAUCAUUGUAUACAUUUAGCCUGGCAGAUAAUUUGAUUCCAAAGUGGGAAUUUUUUGUGACUAUGGACUACCCCAAAUCAGAGCUGGUUAAGUUCCCUCAGUUUUUUGGUUACAGUUUGGAAGAGAGGAUUAAACGGAGAUAUGCUCUAAUGAAAGAGUGCAGAGUGAAGUUGCUGCUAAACCAGCUUCUGUCUCUGUCAAAUAGUGACUUUGAGGAGGCCUUGGAAAAGAAAAUGAAGAAAAUGCAGCUUGACCAGGAUUCUAGUUCUAGUGCCGAACAUGUUCAAUCACAUGAGGAAAAAUGAAGGCUUGGAGCCUUGGACUGUGUUGUUUGUAGUGUUUUAGAAUUAGAAUAAUAGAUGCCUAACCUUGUGUAUGUUUUACAGCAUUAUGCCUGGAACUUGGCUGAUGAUCCUGAAUUUGAGCUGCAUUGGUUGUAGCCUCAUUUUCAAGUUUUGAAUGCUAAAACCAUUCUUCUAAAGUAUAUCAAAUUGUUUCUAUGUCCAUACAUUAAGUGAUGGACUUAUUGUGCUCCAA